CAUUACAAUGUCAGAAGUAAAGGCCACCCAGAAUACAGAUUUCGAAGGAUUUACUUCCUCCAAAUCAAAGUAUCCUACUGAAUACGACGCAGAAUUACUUAAUGACGACGACAAGGAGAUUUGGUUGAUUCGUGUACCAGAGAGCUUUACCCCUAAAGAUCUCACAGAAAUCAAGAUUACCAAGCCAGUAGAAUCAUCACACACAUCAAUCGGAAAACUGACAAAGAAAGAUGAAACCUUUGCCUUGUAUCGUGUACCAGAAACAACCGAGGAUAAAGCCAAGAACAGUGACGAUGAAGACGAGGAAGACGACGAGGAAGGCAAGAAUGAUUUUGGGAUCAGUGGACAAGAAAUGGCAGGUUUCCAGUGCUUAUUGCCUUCUAGAGAUCAUUACGGAAAGCUCGUUUAUGCUCCCAAGACUUUCAAGCACAAUUUGAUCCUGACCAGAGAAGUCGAGAUUCCUGAUUCCGAAAAGAUCGCAGAAACUAUCCGUGACACACCCUUGGGAAAGAGACAACAACCUGAAGGUCUUAAGAUGAGAUUUAAGCCCUACGGAUUUGACACAGGUGCUGCAAAAGUGUCGGAUGAGGAACCUGAGAAGAAGAAAGUAAAGAAGGAAAAGAAGGAAAAGAAGUAAAAGUAGAAGUAGAAGUAGAAAUAGAAGAUGUAGUAUAUAUAUAUGUAUAUUCGCAAAAAUUAUUAUUAUUUUCUUUAAAAAUAAAAUAAAAAAAAAUAAAAUAAAGCAAAUAAAAAUU